AUGUUGACUUAUACAAUCCCCCUCCUCACUACUACUAUGGCUAUGACUACUACUACCAACACUACUACUACCACUACUAUUACUACUACUAUGAGUACUACUACUACUACUACUACUACUACUACUACUACUACUAUGAGUACUACUACUACUACUACUACUACUACUACUACUACUAAUACUACUACUACGACUACUACUACCAACACUACUACUACUACUACUACGACUACUAAUACUACUACUACUACUACUACUACUACUACUAUUACUACUACUACUACUACUACUACUACUAAUACUACUACUACCACUACUACUAAUACUACUACUAUUACUACUAAGACUACUAAUACUACUACUACUACUAAGACUGCUAAUAUUACUACUACCACUAAUACUACUACUACUACUACUACUACUACUACUACUACUACUACUACUACCAACACUACUAAUACUACUACUACUACUACUAAUACUACUACUACUACUACUACCAACACUACUACUACGACUACUACUAGCACUACGACUACUACGACUACUAUUACUACUACUACUACGACGACGACGAUGACGACUACGACUACGAGUAUGACUACGACUACGACUACUAUUCCAUGUGUAUGGCCUACUUCCUCUCAAUUAUUUAUGAAUCAAUGUAAUAAGCAUUUAAUUCAGUGUGUAUAAUACUUAUGGUAGAUAGGUGAUAUAGCAACUAUAUAAAAUGUUAUUCUAUGAUAUUGUUUAUAAAAGGAAUUUGUAUCUAUGUAUGAUUAUUGUAGUUAGAGAACUUUGAAAUGUUUGUUUUGUUUUGUUUUCUCUUUUAUUUUUUUCCAUUUCCUUUUACUUAUUCCCCAUAUAAAUUGAAUGAAAAGAAUUUGAAUUAUUAGAAUCAAGUGGUUGUUAAGGGAUUGAAGGUAUAAACGUUUAUAUAAAGUAAGAAUUCGGGUAAUAUUUAUCAAUGUGGACACUUAAAUUCAUCAAUGUAUUGUGUCAAGUUGUUUAAUUAUUGUAUGAAUAAUAAAUUAGUGCCUACAAAUGCUCUGAUAUGGCUGAGAGUGGGGAGAGUCCGCUCACUCUCUCCAAAUGCCCCCACAUGGCC